UGUGAAUCGUCUAUGAGAAAGUUAUUUACCUAGAAGUCUUUAUAACUUCAAGGAUAGUGGGUUGCUUUCGGGAGGCCUUAAUCCAUAAAGUUCAUAAUGAGCUGGGCAAGGGAUGAAUGGAAACUUGAUUUACCCAACGCAGCACUAAGAAAGAUUUCUGAGCUGGAAAACGAUGCGGAAAAUUUGCGAAAGGGCAAACAACAGCAACAGUUUCAACUGGAAACCGUGUCAAACUCUCUGCAGAAACAAAAGCAACUAAAUGCAGAGGAAAAAGCCGCAAAUUCCACGUUGCGGCGGGAGAUACAAGAACUUACACGAAAAUGCUCCGACCUCGAAAACCAGGAGGAAAAAUCACAAAUUGAUGUUAAGGCGAAAGACAACAAAAUCGGACUGCUGGAGGAACAAUUGCGCAAAGCCAGGGAGAAGCUUAAAGACGAGGAAGAUAGAAAUUCCGAAGUGCUGAAUCAAGUUGAUCAGCAAAAGUUGAUCGUAGAAGUGAAGGAAAAUGAAAUUGGACAGUUCACCGAAGAGGUGGAACGAAUCAAUGAAACUAAAGUGCAGAUGAUGAAAGAUCUUGAAGCUGCAAAAGAAAAAAUCGAAAUUCUGUUCAAAGAAAACGAAGCUAUGAAACAUCAACUCAAGGAACGAGAUGAACUGCUUACGUCAUGCACCAAUAGUUCGAUUGUUGAUGAUGAGACUGCGCCAGUGACGGAAACUGAUGACCCACGGACGCCGGACAACGUGAGCAGCGCGUUCUUAGAGAUCUUGAAAAGAGAUAAUAACUCUUUGAUAAGUGAGAAUGAAGAACUCAAAGUCCAAGUUGACCAUUUGAAAAUUGUACAGCGUGAAAAGGAGAAAGAGCUGGAGAGGGUGAUGCAAAAGCUGGCUGCUUCACAAGCCGAGUGCGAAAAGAAAGCGCAAUUGUUGAAAGCUCGAGAGAAAGAGGUUUCCAAAUUGCAAGAUAAGCUAGCAAGAGCCGAAGCGGAGAUAAGGAACACUGAGAGAAAAGUAGAAACUCUGGAAGAGAAAGCUAGACAACUCUACGAGGAAAUUCAAAGCGAGAAACGCCAUAGUGAAAACACAAAAGAGAAGAUUUCCACUAUGAGGACCUCGCUUCUGGAAGCCGAGAACAAGAUCAAAACUCUGGAGACGGAUUUGUCUCAACGAUCAAACAAGGUGAAAGCUAAGCGAGAAAGAAUAGAGACCUUGGAAGAAGAGAACGUUCAACUUACGCAAGAGCUAGAUUCCCUGAAGCGUCAAAACAACGCCUCGACAGAAUCUUACCUCGCUGCAACAAAGGUAUUGAGAGAGAAAGACCACAGAAUUGAAGAACUCGAGGAGGAUCACAAAGAAAGAAAGAAGCAACUAAGAGUUUUUGGGGAGAAAGUUGAAGUUCUUACCUCGGAGAACAACCGCUUGGUGGAGGAACUUCAGCAAGCAGAAGAGAGGUUUGCGAACGCUGAUAGGUCAUACCGACGGGUUUCAAAGGCGUUGGACGAUUGGAGGAAAAUGAGUAAAGAACCUGGGACUGGGGCAGAACUCUGGGAUGGAGAAAAGAGUGAGGGACUGGAGAAGAGAAACAGAGUUGACCGGGAGGAGAUUAGUGAAGAGCAGGAGGAAAAAGAUGGGCAAACCAGUAAGUGUUCUAACUGUCACCAAAUGACCAAGAAACUGAAAAAACAGGAAGAGUACUUCAGCCUUAAGGUCAGGGAACUUGAAGCCUGCACACAGAAACUUACGGCUGAGAAGGAAGCAUUGGAAAAAGAACGGAGGAACAGUGAAGAGUUUACAAUGCGUGUGCAGCAGAUGGUACACGAGAUUGAAAAUGCGAAUAAAACGGAGAGAAAUUACAACAGGGAGGAACAGGUGCAAGAAACGGGAGACUUUUUCAACAUGGUGAAGAGAUUUUUCGCAGAGAAUGAGGGUCUGAAAAAGCAUGCGCAAAAGUGCCUGUCUGACCUCGAACAGUUGCAAAAGUAUAUACGGAGUUGUUCAAGCGGAGUCAGAGAGCUACUCUGUCAUACAGAUGAGUUUGAACCGGUCGCGAAGCGAAUAUCGUUGUUGAAAUCACUCUUAGAGACGGUUGUGGUCGAAUUCGCACGUCCGUUGAAGGAAGAGGAAAGUGACACAGACGGGAACGAAGAUUCUCCGAUGGAAACCAACUUUCGCCCUGAGUUAUCGUGGGAUGACUACGAAAGAGAAGUCGCCUUUAAAGCGUUUAAGGACAACGUGCAAGACAUCAUUCAGCAGAUUGACAUAGAUAAGGAGAUGACUAAGAAAAGAGUAGAAGAGUUCCAGGAGGUUAAACGCGCUCAUAGGGCUCUCAAAUGGGUCAGAAAAAGGUCCAGACAAGCCAUCGAAAGAGCUGUAGCGCGGAGUGAAAUUGAGGACUUGUGCGUGGAGGAGCCACCAGAGGACACCCCAAAAGGCUCCCAUCAAAAAAAUUCCCGGAUGGAACGCUGGAAUGAUGGGGAGUUAGUGGAGGUCAUUAAAGAUCUACUUGAAAAGAACCGAGAGGUGCUGGCGAUAAAAAUGGAUGAAAAUUUCAGUAGAUUGGAAAACAUCGUUAAACAGCAACGUGUGCACAAUAACUUGUUGUCAGACGAGAGAAAUCAGAAAAUCGGCGGCGAGAGCGUAAGGGAGACCAUGGAUGGAAAAUAUGCCAUAGGAGAACUGGAUUUGGUUAAAAGAAAACUAUUUGAUGUGCAGAAAAUCAUAAAGCACCUCACUGGUUCACUGGUGGAGGUGGAACAUGUAAAGAAGACCGUCGAGUCCAAGGUGGAUCUUUUGAACGGAGAGCUUAGUCGAAAAGAGUCACAGUACGAAGCCAAAUGCGAGGAUUUGAAACGGGUAACGAAAACCGUUUCCGACCAGGAAGUUUCCUUCCGAAACCGACUCGAACAGCUUGCGUCGGAAAAAGACGAGAUCAACUCGGAGCUACGAGGAAUUGUCGGAGUGCUCAAGGAGAGAGAGUUGGAACUGGUCGAGCGGUCACAGCAGUUAAAGCAUUUGCAGACCACGUACAACGAUAUGGAGCGAUCGAUGAAAAGCAAGAUCGACGCGCUGGAGCAAGAAAAUAAGGGUGUAUGGUUGGACUACAAAGAAGCCGAUAAACGAGCCGAGAUAAACGAAAAAGAGUUCAAAGAACUUGCAGACCGGCUGAAGAAAAGUCAAGGAUACAUGCAUUCGGUGUUUAGUAGCUUAACUAACAUGGACGAUGAAUUGCAAAGAGCCAGAGAUAUCGAAGUGUUUGGCGAGCAAGAUUAACCCUUUGAGUUAUGAUGCACUUUAUUUACAUAGAACCCUUAAAAACACAAUGCAAGAGAGAGUAAUUUUCUGUAACUGGAUUUCGGCAAUUUCUUUUUUUUGAUUCGCUUUCGAAGUGUAAUUUUUGAACAAGACUGAAACGAAGUACACCACUAGUUUCCUGUCAAUUAAUUUCUCGGGUUUUCUUUUUGUUUGUUUUCA